AUGACAAAACCAUGUCAUCGAAACGUUGCUUAGCAAUAAAUUAAAAAAUGACAUAAAACUUGUGUUAUUUAAAAUACCUUCCGUGGAUCAAAAUUUUCACAUUCUAAUAUAUAAUUGGGAAGGAAAAUUAUCAUUAUAAUUUAAUAAGAAAAUUACAUUAGAUCUUGGAUUAAGACGAGAAAUAACAUGGAACUUUUGCGUUGCCGACGUUCCCAGACCUAUAAUUGGCGCGGAUUUGAUAUCACAAUUUGGUUUAAUCGUUGAUUUGAAAGAACAUAAAAUAAUAGAUCCUUUGACUAGAUUGAGCUGCAGAGGAGACGUUGCUUUUUCCAAAAUAAAUAACAAGUUUGAUCGAUAAAAACGCAAAAUACAGCGAUAUUCUACACGAAUACCUGUCAUUGUUUAACACUGGCACCCCUACCAUUGGUAUCGGGGCCGUUUUAGAACAAUAUAUAAAUCGACAUUGGAGACCACUCGCGUAUUUUUCGAGAACAUUAACCGACUCCCAACGUAAAUAUAGCACUUACGACCGUGAGUUACUCGCAAUUUUUCAAGCUAUCAAACAUUUUAAAUACUUUUUAAAACCACACACAUUUAAAAUAUUAACCGACCACAAACCACUGACAUUUAUGUUCACACAAAAAUCAGACAAAAUCUCAGACCGUACACAAAGACAGAUCGCGAUUAUUUCACAAUUUACCACAUGGAUAGAACAUAUCCCAGGGGAACUAAAUACAACCGCUGACGCACUAUCACGCAUCGAAACAAUUAAUCUACCAACUGAAUUCGAUUUACAAGAUUUAGCAAAAGCGCAAGAAAAUGACGAUGACGUCAUGAAACUAAAAAAUUCACCCACAUCGGGAUUGGAAAUUCGCGAUAUUACUUUCGGAAACGAGAAAAUUAAAAUAACGUGUGACGUGUCUAAUAAUGUGGUCCGUUAUAUUUUGCCAAUGACUUUUCGCAAACGCGUAUUUGAAAUUUUUCACUCUCAAGCUCAUCCGGGCGCGAAAGCUUUGUAUCGAACGCUUAGAAAAAGAUUCGUGUGGCCAUAUAUGCAACGUGACAUUACUAGGUGGUCAAAGGGCUGCAUAGACUGUCAAUCGUCAUAAAUUACAAGACACACGAUAACUAACCCAAAUCAUUUCGUUCCACCCACAGCAAGAUUUGCUCAUAUACACAUGGAUUUGAUCGGUCCAUUGGGUCUAAGCGAUGGUUUCUUGUAUUGUCUCACAAUAAUAGACAGAUACACGAGGUGGCCCGAGGUAAUUCCUAUAAAGGACAAAUCGAGCGAAUCCGUGUGUCGAGCAUUCUACGAUAACUGGGUCACUAGGUUCGGAGUACCGGAAACAGUCACAACGGAUCAGGGAAAAGAAUUCGAGUAGCGUAUGACACAAAAUUUAAUGAAUUUUAUUGGAUCCCAUAGAGUUCGGACCACCUCAUAACAUCCCGCAUCCAACGGUAUGGUGGAAAGGUGGCACCGAACUCUAAAAGCGGCGAUAAUGUGCCAUGCAGGCGAAAAUUGGACUCGAGCAUUAUCCUCAGUGUUGUUAGGACUUAGGACGAGUGUUUUAAAAUGUGGUUACUCACCCGCAGAGUAUACAUUCGGCACAACAUUACGUAUUCCCGGGGAGUUUACGUUACCCCGUGAAAACGAUCAAGACCGAAAUACUUUUGUAACAGAAUUCAAGAACUACAUUAAUCGCAUAAAACCUAUUCCCGUGACUCACAACCAUAAUCGUCGUGUUUUUAUCCAUAAAGAACUCGAGAAUAGUACCCACGUUUUCCUAAAAGCCCCACCUAUUCGAAAAUCACUAGAGAGACCAUACUCUGGCCCUCAUCGUGUAACUCAGCGAAUUUCGGAUCGAGUAUACGAGAUAGAAGUAAAUGGAAAUAAAAAAAGAGUUUCGAUAGAAAAUAUAAAACCUGCUUUCUUUUUACCGGAAGAACAAAUUACAACGACAAAUACUUCCGAAAAUGCACAUAGUUCGCACGUAGAUAAUAAACAAAACGUUAUCGAACAAAAUAAAAAAACCGAAAACUAUGUACAAAAUGAUAAAGAAACGGAAAAUUUGAUCAGCGAUAAAGAUUCGAAUAAAAACGAUAUCGUAAUACAUCGGAAAAACACGAAAAACAAUCCGGAAAUAAUUAUACCGGUCGCGAUAGAUUUGGAACACGAAUUAGAACGACACGAAACGCGCAAACAUGUUAGAUUCGUACCAUCCAUUCUCCGCAGAAAUAAACGUGAAGAAAAACCGAUUGUAGAAACAAAUAAUAAAAAAAUAAUAGUAUCGGACGCGAUACCGAAUCGAAGCGACAAGGAUAUCCAAAAACGACAAAAAUUCGUUCCUUCUAUUCUCCGUAGAGGUUUAAAAACAAAAUAAACAUGGAGAGAUAGAAAUAAUCAGCUAGCUAAAUAAAAUAAAUUCGCGUAUUAAAAAAAGAAAAAUCGGACAAGUGCGAGUUACACUCGCAUUAAAACCGAGGGUUCCGUACCCUUAAACCUACAAUUUAAGGGGUUAAAGUGUGAAGGCAUGUGGAAAAAUUCCAAUUUUGCUUAAUUUUUCCUGUAAUGUGAGCAUAAAAACACAUAGAUAGACACAUAGUCACAUAUAACGAAAAUUAUCAGUUUUUCCUUAAAAACGCUAUGAUUAUCAACUCCAAUCAUGCUCACUAUAUUUUUUUGUAAUUUAUACGUAAAAAUACAUAAAAAUGUAUAAGUUUGAAGCCCAUUAGAUAAUAUUUUCUUCGUUUUUUGAAGAAAAUUCAUGAUUUUUAUAAAAAAUUAUCAGUUUUUUCUUAAAAACUCUAUGAUAAUCAACUCUAAUCGUUCUCGCUAUAAUUUUUUUGUAAUCUACACGUAAAAAUACGUAAAAAUGUAUAAAUUUGAAUUCCUUAAGAUAAAAUUUUCUUCUUUUUUUAUUCGAAAAAUCCAUGAUUUUUUCUAAAAAUAUGAGUUUUCCUUAAAAACAAUAUGAUCAUCAACUCCAAUCGUGCUCGCUAUAUUUUUCCUGUAAUCUACACGCAAAAAUACGUAAGUAUACCAAAUAUGAACUGUCUUGGUCAAAUAGUGUGUGCGCUAGGAGGAUUAAACGCUUUUUUCAAAAUUUUUGAUUUUUCCUUGACAACGCUAUGUAAAUCGAUCCGAAU